UAGGUAUUAGGACUAAUGUGUGCCUGAAGCGAACCGCCAUUUUGAUCUUUGCUACGUAAAAAUUAGCAUCGUCUGUGAGAUCUUGCUAAGAUAUUUUAUAUUGCUAGAUUAUAAAUUGCAUAUUUACGGAUAUUAUUAGAAUCCAGCUCAAAAUAUCAUCGGGCGAUGUCGGAACGGAAACGAUUAUUGGAAGAUCUUCGGGUAAUAGAUUUACGCGCUGAGUUAGAGAAGCGAAACCUAGAUAAAAGCGGUGUCCGCGGUGUGCUCAUACAACGUUUGUCAAAGCAUUUGGAAGAACAAGGUAUUGAUCCAACUACAUUUACUUUUGAAUUGACCACUGCUGAUCCAAAGACACCUUCUAAAAGAACUAGACGCACCGAAAGUUCCCUUGAAACGGCUGAGUCUGAAGAUACUCCUGCCAUGGAAGAUAUGAUCGUUCAAGACACCGCCGGAGACGAGGAAGAAACAGAACAAGCUGAAGGAAAUAAAAAAAUUAAAUCUGCGAAAGAUUCUCCAAAGAAAUCAGAAGUAAAAAUGGAAGUAGAAGACACUGAGAAAGUUAAUAGAAAACGGGAGAGCAAAGAUGAAGCCGAAGCUUCCCAAGCUAAAAAACAAUGUAUUGAUAAAGAUAUUAAACAUGAGGAAGACCACAAAACGGAAAAUAACACAGAUGCUGAGGAUAGCAUUAAUUUAGAUAUUGGAGAUGACGAAUUAUUAAAUGAAGAGACUGAUAAUGCUGGAAAACUAAAAAAAGAUGACGCCGCGCGAGAGGAACCUGCGGCGGCCUCGGGCGACGACGUGGAGCAGAAGGACAACGCGUCUGCUGACACCGCAUCAUCAGAAAACCAACAAGUAAUCACCGAAGCAACAGCCACUAGUAAUGAUACAGAGAAAAAUGAGAAAGAAGAAAAAGAAGAGAAAGACAAGGAAGGAGAAAAUGAUAAAAGGGAGAAGAAAGAUGAAAAUAAAGAGGGUGGUGCUCGUAAUCUGUGGGUUAGUGGCCUGUCAGGAGACACUAGGGCUAAAGAUUUGAAGCAAUUGUGUAGCAAGCAUGGCAAGGUUAUUGGCGCCAAAGUUGUAACUAAUGCCCGUACACCUGGAUCUCGCUGCUAUGGAUAUGUGACAAUGGCUAGUGCUUUAGAUGCCGAAAAUUGUAUCAAAAAUUUACACAGAACAGAACUACAUGGGCGUAUGAUAUCUGUGGAGAAGGCUAAAUCUGAAUCAGAGUCAUCUUCGCGCCGACAACCGUCUUCUGUUCGUCCAGAAAGGCGCUCAAGCAUAGAUCGUAAAGACGAAAUCAAAGAAAAUCUAGAAACUAAAGAAGGGGUCGAAAAAGUGGUUGAUUUAAAACCGAAGAAAGAAGGUGAUAUUUCUGGGGCAGAAAGUACCAGAUCUACAUCGCGCACUAGAGAAAAAUCACAUCGAUCAGAUAAGGAGAGAGCCAGGCGUAGCUCUAGAAGUCGUGAACGAAGGAGAUCGCCCCGGGAAGUUCUUUCGUUUUCUAAAAUAUGGAAGGAACGCGACGUAGCACGCGCCCGCGAGCGGUCGCGCGCCGCGCGCGAGGAGGAGCGCCGGCGCCGCGCGGCCGAGGACGCGCUGCGCGAGCGAGAGCGCCGACAGCGACAGGAGAAGCACCGUCUCGCACUCGAGCGAGAGAAGCUGCGAGCAGAAAGAGAAAAAAUUGAACGAGAGAAAAAUGAACUGCUCAGACUAGAGCGCGAAAGGCAUAGAUUAGAACGCGAGAAACUGGAACUUGAAAGAUUAGAAUUAAAGAGAGCACAACUACGAUUAGAGGAAGAAAGACGUAAACGUGGAUAUGAAAAUAGUGCAUAUCGAAAGCCAGCCGCCAGUCCGCCCCCUGAACCUGGCUAUGAGCGAGACUCAAGACACAAACGGCCCCCGCCUCCGCCAAUGGCGUCAAGUCGCGGACAGUUCGAAGCGCCGCCGCCGCCACGUUUCGAGAUGACGGCCGCGUAUGAGCGCAGUGCCGACAAGCGUGAAAGAGAUCGGGAUUAUAAGCGAGACUACUCACGACACGUUUCUUCGGGUAGUAUAAAGUAUCCAAGUAAUGGAAGUACUACUGAGGAUUCGAGGCAGCAAAUUCGACCAGGCACUAGACCUAAAGAAACAGGCCGAUAUGACUCGCGAGAGAGCCCCACAUAUCGCCCCUCGCCUGGCAAGCCAGAACCUAGAAGUUGGAAUGCUUCUAGUAGAUAUCCAGAUGCAGCGGCGCCUUCUAAAGGCAGUGGCACCGGGGGCAGCGAGACGUGGUCCAGCGGUGAGGCGCGUUACGGCGGUGCGUAUGAAGCGCGCUACCCACCCGCCUACGCCGCGCCGCCUCCCGCUGCGCCUUACGCCGACCGUUACCCGCCCACCGCCAGAGACUACGCGCGCAAGUACUGACGAGGUCGAGAACUACGACACAUACAUGGCCUUUAAAUUGAUUUUCAGUUCUUCUAUACAACAUUUGCCAUGUGUUACUUGGUUUUUUAGUAGUAAACACUAAUAGAUAAUGUUUCAUUCCCACAAGUAUUCUUUUGCAAUAUGUUGUAGAUAUUAUGCUUUAUGUAGAGAAAUAUCAAUCAUUAUGAUAUGUCAUGUUUUAUGUAUAUGAAAUAUGAACCUUUCUAAUACUUUAUAAGACUACUGAUACUUCUACUGUGUUAGCAUGUGCAUACUUUUCAUAUUUUACUGAUUAACGAAUUUGUAUGCAUAAGCUGAUUGCA